AAGAAAAGUUGAGGGAGGUGGUUGCAAGUGCAAGUGCAAGAGGCCGACCGAUCGACCUUCAAAACCUCAACCACAAGCUUUACUUAUUACACUCCUUUCACUCUCUUCUUCCGUUUCCCGUUCCUGAUCUCCAUACUCCUCCUCACCCCGAUCGAUCCUCCUCUUUCUAAUUACCUCCUUCCUCAUCUCCUUCUUCUUGGUAGCCAAUUGUAGUGGUGUAGAUCGUAGGUAUAGAGAGAUCGGUCGAAGGCGAAGAGUGGCACUCUGAUUGCAGGACUCAGAAGUACUACAAGUAUCUCUUAAAGAUCAAGAUGAACACUGUCUCGCACAUUCCACCGGGCUUUCGGUUCCACCCCACUGACGAAGAACUAGUCGACUACUACCUUAGGAAGAAAGUGGGUGCCCGAAGAAUCGACUUAGACGUGAUAAAAGAUGUUGAUCUAUACAAAAUUGAACCUUGGGAUCUUCAAGAGAUAUGUAGGUUUGGAGCCGAAGAACAAGAUGAGUGGUACUUCUUUAGUCACAAGGACAAAAAGUAUCCAACCGGAACUCGAACCAACCGAGCAACAACCGCCGGGUUUUGGAAGGCGACCGGGAGAGACAAGCCAAUUUACUCCAAAAUUAGGUUGGUAGGCAUGAGAAAGACUUUGGUCUAUUACAAAGGAAGAGCGCCGAAUGGACAAAAGUCGGAUUGGAUCAUGCACGAGUAUCGCCUUGAGGUGAAUGAAAAUGGACCUCCACAAGAAGAAGGAUGGGUGGUGUGUAGGGUGUUCAAGAAACGAUUGCCUACCGCUAGAAAAGAGAGCGACGAUAUGCCGUGGUAUGACAUUGAACAAGGAUCAUUCGUUCAAGAUAUCGACUCACCGAGGGCAUUACCAAUACCACUCUUCUACAAGCGAGAGAAGAAGAUCCAAUACCACUUGCCAAGAGAGUACUACACUUAUCAUGAAGCACUCCCACCAAUUGAGAGCCCUAAGGGAAAUGCUAGCUACAUGAACCUACGAUUCAUCUUCUCGGAGAGCGAUGAAGCAAUUGGGCAACCUAGACAUCAACUUGAGGCAAUCAAGAUCAACGACAACAACAAUAAUAACAACAAGAACAUUAGCCAAGCUUUUGAUCAAGUGACGGAUUGGAGGGUUCUCGAUAAGUUUGUUGCAUCCCAACUAAGCCAUGAUGCUUCAAAGAAAGCCAUGUGCUCAGAAGAAGCUGAACAUCUACUUCAAGUCAGCCAAGAACAAGAACACGGCAUGGAACUCCCAUCUUCAUCUUCCGCGAGCUGCCAAAUUUAUCCAUGGAAAUGAUUCAAACAUCAAAGAAGAACCGAAUUCAUUCGGAGUUCUA